AUGGAGAGAGAUUCAGACCCUUUGCUCGUGCCUCUGCAACUUCAAGCUUUCGUCCUAAACCCAUCAGUGUGCAAUACCGAUGCCCAGGACGACCAUAACGCACGAAUAGUGCCCAUCACUCAACCAAACUACACUUUUCUGCGUCUUGACAAUUUCCUCAUCCAAAGCGAUGUUCUAAACCACGCAGACCUCCACUGCUCAGCCCCGGCAGAGGCGAACCCUCGUCUAACUGACCUGGGUGCUCGACCUCCCGCGCCUCGCAGAGACCGGCAUGGAGUCUACCUCCACUGGAUCCUUCCCCAGACCUAUCGGUCUGGAGUAGCCUCUGCCGAUUCUGUCCCAGAGAAACGUAGACAGGAAGAGCGUCUCCGACGUGGGUUGGCACGGGGUGAACCCAUGUCAGAUCCAAGGGCAGAGCCAACCAAAUCUCCUGAGUUUCUAGAACCGCCGACACGAUGGAUAAUUGUUCGGAAGUUGGACCUGGACAGUAUUAGUCCUGCUGAGGCAAAGCCCUACUUCAAGGAGUAUCAGGCUUGGGUCAUUGAGAGUGAUUACCAAUGGGCGCUGGAGUGCAUCCCACCUGACUAUGACCUCCAAGUCGAUGUCUCACCGUUCAUUCUUGGUGUCAAAUCUGGCGAUGACACCAAUAUCGAGCAACAAGCCGAAGUCUUCAUCGGCCGCAAGACCCCUCUUGAGGAUUGGUCCGAGUGCGAGUCUGCUCAUCGUGUAGACAUCAGUCUCCUUCGAAGCAGCAAUCAGCUCUUUGCAGACUUCCAGCUUCACAACUCCAACGUCUUCAGUACGCUCGACAACUUUCAGUACAAUGAUGGUUCAUCAUCAAAGCCACAGUUCUUGCAAAAGGCCAGUGCUAGCUACUACCUUCUCGGUUGGCAUCGAGAUGAAUUGAAAGAUCCUCUUUGGCGAGAUAAAUUCACCCGCCAGCAGAGGCUUCAAGGUAUCUUCAUGGCUCUCCAAGAAAGUGGGAUUGAAGGUGUCACCAAAUCAUGGCUAGAAUCUGAAGACCCUGCACGAAUUUGCCUUCAUGGAGCGUUGUAUGAUGUCCACUGGGAUCACGAGAACAAGCCCGCCACUGUUCCUGCAGAUGCAUUCAGCAAGACACUGAGAAGCAAUGAGCUCCCAGCUUUGUCUGUCGGAACAACCCCUAUUGAUGCCCUCAUUACGUACUGCUCCUCCAGAAGUGACAAAGAACAGAAUCAGAUCAUCAAGCAACUCGAAGAAGACAUUCUCCUCAUCGACUCUCUUUUACAUGCCAGAGAUGACGGUGUCGAAGGUCAGCGAGAAGCUAAAGAUAUCUCUUACAAUUGGAGCUUCAAUCGUUCUAAGGGCGGUAUUCACUACUUUAUCGCCGGUGAAGAGGAGCAAGGACAGCCGAUGAAGCCUGAACCAGGGUCGAUUGACGCUCUGCGCACCUUGAACGAGCAUCAGUCUCUUCUUGAUGCAUGUCGUAAGGGAGCAGAGCAGUAUCGCUGGGACAUGUUCUCCCUGUGGUGGAAGUAUGUCACAGACGUCACCAACAAGACUGAAGAUGAUGUGAAUCGUCGGUAUCAGGCCAACGUCAAGGCAAUAUCUGAUAGGCUUGAUGACCUCAACACGCGUAUGGAGAUUCUUGAUGCCAAGAUUAAGUUGAUGAAGAAAGAAGGCCAGGCAGAAGGAGGGCCUCUUCAAGGCAUCAAGAACGGAACUGAGCCUUUCUUUUACCGCGCCCGAGAUCCUACUGUGCUGCUUGGCGGCGUUGAUUCUGGUUGGCCUAUCGACUUCAACGACAGCGUCAAUGUCCGGAUUCCUCCGCAGAUAGUGUCUGCAUCAACUUCCAUUCCUUCAGCAUUGUCUGACCUGGCUUCUCUUAUCGCUUCCAAGUUUCCAGAACAACCAGCAUUGAAGAAUGCCCGCCAGCUCUGCUCUGAGUUUUACGCGCUGUUACCCAGUAGCCAGGAGCAAGCUGGGGAUCUUCCAGCAGGCCAAAGGUACCCUCAGUUCCAUGACAAGCUGUCACCUAACAGCGACAACACUUUGUGGCGAGAUCGCUGGGGGGAUCGGCAGCCAUGGUUUCCCCUCUACGCAGAGUGGGAGAUCGAAUACACCCACGUCCCCUUUGAGUUCUGGCAGUUGGACCAACAAGCGUCCAGAGUGUCCGAUAGCAAGAAGACACGAUACGGUGUACCUGCUGACGAUGGGACGCCUCUCUGGAAGAAAAUGAAGUUUGGCGAACCAAAGCCCAUCGAUGAUGUACGCGUCUUAUCAGGCCGUGUACUCAUCUUACCCCAGCCCAGCUUCUCACUGAACGCCAAAGUCAGACAGCUCUUCGCGGAUACCCCUCCUCAGAUUCUCAAAGAGUCUAUCCCGCUAGAGAAGCAGACUAGACUGAUUGACAACAUCAAUCGACUGUCGUUCCUUUCGGCUCCACUUGCUGGAUUGACGGAGGGUCUACUUACCCUUUCUCAAGGAACGCACAUCAAGCCUGAAAACAAGUUCGUCAAGGACGGACAACAACUCAGUUCCGCAGUUGCGGCUGCCACGUACCCUUUGGCUGGGUUUUCAGCCGACACUAUUGAGAAGAUACAGAACAAUUCUGCACUUACGCCUUAUGCCUCUAUGUCGGACUUUAGUAUCGCCGACUUUUGCCCAUUCAAGCCUGCUACACAUGGUCAAUUCAGGUUUACCAAGUUCAACGUCAUUGACAAGUUUGGUCAAGCCCUCGUUGCCAUUGAUCCCAAGCCCAGGAAGGAUGGCCCCAAGCCAUUAUUUCCUUGUAUCAGCGACUAUUAUGAGCCUCAGCCUGUCGUUCUCGAGGAUAAAACCACGGUCGCAAACACUGUGAUGAAGAACAACGGGUUGAAGUGUGAGUUCAUCCAGCUUCCUCCUCAGAUCAAUCAGAACUCUCGUCUCAACGCGUCAUUUGUGGUCUACGCUGGCGACCAAGAUGUUGCCAAGUCUAAACCCUACUGGAGACCUGCAACGGAAUGGGAAAAUCCCAUAUGGGGCUGGGUAGUCUUGAACUAUGCAGAUCAAGGCAUUCAGCUGUUCCUCCCAAACGGCGUGUUCUAUCGCGAGAUACGCUUUGGAGGUCCUGGUGGUGUCAUAGAGGAUCCAAAAUGGUUGCCGUUCAAGCCAGAUGACGCUCUCCCACCAAUUGCAAACACUGCCCAACUUGAUGCUCUCAUCACUCGCAUGGGUAGCGAUCCUAAAUAUGCUCGUGGGUUUUGGGACAUGCUAUCCAUGGCUGUGGACAACAUGGCUCCCGCACCCAGUGCCUACGCUGAGUUUCUUAGCUCCAUCGUCGGUAGACCUAUGGCUUUAGCCAACAUGGGUUGGUCUCUGGAGCUCGAGGGUGCGCCUUUGGCGAAUCAAAGCACUAGAACGAGUAACAGCACCAAGGAACCGCUGAUGCACCUGAUCUCAAAAGAUGAUGAUGACAAAAACGCCUACAAGUUUCAGUUGAAGCUUGGUGACUUCUUUAGGGAGUAUGAUGGCCUCGUCGGGUACUUUGAUGCGAACAAGGACCCGGAUCCAGCCAAUAACAGAGGAGACGAGUUGCUGCUGGAUAAAGUCAAGACUUACUUCUCUGAAGGAUCCAAGGCAGAGAACUUGACACCCAUUUCAAAGACUAACUACCCCAAGUUCAACCCCUACUGGAUCGAGCAAUUCCAUGACACCAAGCCUGUGGAGCCCGAGGCCUACGCCGACAUGCGGAUAAAGGAGCUUCAAAUCUUCGGUGCCAUCUUUGAUCCCUUCACUCCCAUCCACGGCUACUCCUCCAUCCUGCCACCACGUAGUCUUCAGCUUCCCUCGUGGACUUGGCAGGAUGCCAUGCAAAACAUGACAGCGUUCUUCCACGCGGGUCCUCUUACACUCACUCAAGAUGUAGGGGAUUAUGACGAAAAGAAUCCAUUGACUACUGAGACGGUGAAGAAGAGGCCCGCGCGGAAUGCAGCGCUGCCAGCUCUUGAUGAAGGGGAGUGGAGUUGGCUGCAGCCGUUUGUGGAUGAUAAGGGCGGAAGUGGACUUCCGCUUUAUAAUGCUUUUGGCAUUGAGGUAAAGGGGAACCCACUCACGCCAGGGUUUGAGAAAGGUCCGUAUACGGUUAUUGAGGGAUUUUUGCAGCUUAGGCAGCCUUUGCUGAAGGACAAACCGGACAAGCCAGUCUAG